AUGGAGAAAGAACCCGCAUUCACGACUUCUUCAACUCUGCAAUUGCCUCCUGGUUUCAGAUUCCAUCCAUCAGACGAAGAACUCAUUGUUCAUUACUUGCGAAACAAAAUGAUUUCGUAUCCUCUUCCAGCGCAGUUGAUCACGGAGAUCGAUCUGUAUAAGUAUAAUCCGUGGGAUCUACCCAACAAGGCUUUGUUUGGAGAAGAUGAGUGGUACUUUUUCAGCCCGAGGGACCGGAAGUAUCCGAAUGGGGAUAGGCCUAAUAGAGCAGCAGCUUUGGGUUAUUGGAAGGCUGCUGGAGGUGACAAGCCAAUUCUCACUUCUUGUGGAUCGGAGCUGAUAGGAGUGAAGAAGGCUUUAGUCUUUUACACAGGUCGAGCUCCAAAGGGAGUUAAGACUGAGUGGCUCAUGAACGAGUAG